GGGUCGAGCGAGCAGCCAGCCUAAGAUGGGGGAUGGGGGAGGCUUCUCCUAGCACAGUGGAAAAAGAAGAAGAAGAAAAGACCACGCUUGGUGACAUUUGAAACCUUCUUUGUACUGCUGGCGCUGGAGCGGCCACUGCAAGGAUGCCGCUGGUGCAGCGCGCCAUCGAGCCCAGGCACCUGUGCCACGCGGCGCUGCCGAGGAACAUCGCCAACGAGCUGGAAUGCGUGACCAACAUCUCGUUGGCUGGCGUCAUCCGGCAGCUCAGCAGCCUCAGCAAAUACGCAGAAGACCUGUUUGGACAGCUGUUUGACGAGGCGCACUCCUUCACCUUCCGGGUCAACUCUCUGCAGGAGCGCGUGGAGCGCCUCUCCAUCAGCGUCACGCAGCUGGACCCCAAAGAGGAAGAACUGUCGCUACAGGACAUCACCAUGAGGAAGGCCUUCAGGAGCUCCACCGUCCAGGACCAGCAGCUGUUUGAGCGCCACUCGCUGCCCGUGCCCAUGCAGGAGAGCUACCGGGCCUGCGAGCGCCCGCCGCCUCUCAACAUCCUCUCGGCCUACAGGGACGACGGCAAGGAGGCUCUCAAGUUCUACACCAACCCUUCCUACUUUUUUGACCUGUGGCGGGAGAAGAUGCUGCAGGACACAGAAGACAAGCGAAAGGAGAGGCGCAAACAAAAAUCGCAGGACCCCCGCAUGUACGAUCAGGUCUAUAGGUACUUAGACCUUCCGGCGCAGGGCGUGGAUCGCCCGUCCGAGCCCGACAAGGUGCCGCGGGCGCCCCACGACCGCAAGAAGGAGUGGCAGAAGCUGGCGCUGGGCGCCGAGUUGGCCCAGGACGUCGCCGAGGACAAGCGCAGAGAGACCAACGGCUCCGCAGGUUACCCUGACGACAGGGCUCAGCUGUACUUGGAGCACUUGGACGGGCCCUUCUCACUGGCGGCGCUGCCCUACAGCCAAAUGAACGAGCUGUUGAGCCGCAGCGGAGACAGAGCGUACCCCAGGCCCAACGACCCCCCGCCGCCUCCGCCGCCGCCUCCGCCACCACCCGCCGCGCACCAGCCGGCCUCCGUCAUCAGUUGCGCUUCGGGCUUCUCCGACGGCAGGCCUCAGUCUCCGGCCGGCCUCAAGUGCAACGCUCCCCCUCCCCCGCCUCCCCCUCCGCCUCUCCCCGCCCCGCAUCAGCAGCCCCCAGCCAUCCCCCCUCCCCCGGCACCUCUGCAGAUCGCCCCGGGGGUGCUCCACCCGGCUCCCCCGCCGGUGGCGCCCCCGCUCCGCUCGUCCUCACCUGCCCGCCUCCUGCAGAUUGCGGACAAGGGCCCGCGCGGCUUCCAAGCCCAGCCGGACGGCGCCGGCCUGCCUCCUCCGCCGGUGCCGCCCCCCCUGCCGGCGGACGGAGCGCGGGGCUCCUCGCCCUGUCCGGCGGGCCCGCCGCCCGUACCGGCCUUCCCUUCCCACUCCAAGGUGCACGAUUUGGGAGUCAAGAGGCAGCAGCUGGCCAAUCUGCCGCCCAUCAGCGACGCCCGCAGCGUCCUGUUGGAGGCCAUUCGAAAGGGCAUCCAGCUGCGCAAGGUGGAGGAGCAACGAGAGCAAGAGGCUAAACACGAGCGGGUGGGCAACGACGUGGCCACCAUCCUGUCCCGCCGCAUCGCCGUCGAGUACUCGGACUCGGAGGACGAGUCCGAGUUUGACGAAGGCGACUGGAUGGAGUGACGUGACGGCGGCCGGCUAGGAGGGAGGG